UACCUUAUACUGUGUUACCGUCACUAUUAUUAUGUACCUAUGUGUACAUCGUGUACGGUUGUCGCUUUAUGUACCCACUACGGCACUACGUCUCCCAACUCACUAGUCACUACACGCCACAGUGAACUGUGAAGAGACGGCGCGACAGGCGACAGCUGUUCGCGAGGAUAGGUUUACUGCUAUUUUUAUCAAAUAGUGAAAAAAAAGUUCAACGUUUAAGUGAAAUCAACUAAGGGACAACGCAAAACUGCAAAAGUCCGUUUCGACCAGCAGACGUCGACUAAAGCGACCCCGACGGCCGUCGUUCGCUUUUGCGCGUCACUGUGUCGCACGACCGAGAACGGAUCCUAUCCACAGCCGCCGUCAUCGUUGUUGUCGUCGUUUUGUGUGAACCACUGAUCCAAAGGAGCUCAUCUCCUUAGUCCUUACGCCGCCCGCAGUCAGUAACUCCAUGACACAAUGAGUGAUUUAGACACUCCAAUGGAAGUGGAUGAAAGCAAUGAUUCCAAAGAAAUUGAUCAAAAUCUCGACAUUGUUAAUGAAUGGUCAAAAAAAUUUGAGAAUAACACUUUAACCGAAUCUGACUUUCGAAGUUAUUGGAAAACAUGGGUGCCAACUAUUUUGAAACCAGAAAUCCAAGGAAAUUCUCUAGAAUGGUCAUUUAAUGAACAGAAAGCAGAAAAAACUUUACUCAAUACACUCGAAGAAUUUAUCUGUAAUGGAAAUAGUAUUGAAGUAUUACAUGGCUUAACAAAACAGAACUUCCCACCUUCAGUAUGUGGUCGAGUAUUCAAAAUGGGCGAGCCAACAUAUAAUUGUCGAGAAUGUGGAAUGGAUAGUACUUGUGUAUUAUGUGUGGACUGUUUUAAACGAUCUCCGCAUAAAAAUCACAAGUAUAAAAUGGGAACAUCUUAUGGAGGUGGAUGCUGUGACUGUGGCGAUAUAGAAGCUUGGAAACAAGAUGCUUAUUGUCAAACUCAUAAGCUUGGUUUAGAGAAAAAACAUGUUAACUUAAAUUUUUUAACAAGUGAUAUGGAGAAACGUGCUCAUUUAGUUUUUGAAAUUGUUCUUGGUUAUGCUCGUACAUUACUUACUUUAGAACACCCUCCUAUGUUACCUGCUGAGUUGGAUUCUGAUGAGAUGUUAGAUGAUUUAUAUAGUAUAUAUAAAAAUCAGGAGGAUCGUUUUUGUACAGUUCUUUAUAAUGACGAGACACAUACAUUUGAUCAAGUUAUAACAACUCUUACUAGAUUCAUUAAAUGCCCACAGCGAGAAUCCAUUGAUUAUGUUACAUCUAUUGACCGAGAAGGUAGAGCAGUUGUGAAAUGUGCUGGUUUUGUGCAAUGCAAAGACCUUAAAGAAGAAAUUGAAAAAUUUACAUCACGUCAUGGGGGGAAACCUUUGAAAACAGUUGUAGUUCAUUCUCAUGUUAUUGCCCAUCAAAUAUAUGCACUUAGACUCUUGACAUGGAUGCAAAAUUUAUUAGGAUAUUCAGAACGUUUAAGAUCAGUAUUUUCAAGUGUUGUACUUGCAUCUACACCAACAGAAGGUUGCAUUAUAGAAAGCAUAUUACGUAAAGACACUGCUCUAUGGAAGUCAGCAAGACUUCAUUGGCAUAAACUUUUCAUUGCUGGUAUGUUCAUAGAAUAUGAGAAUAAAAGGGAAUUUGCUAAGGUGUUUACAAAAAAUUAUGGUGCUAUUAUGAAGGAUUUCAUUAAUGAUGAUCAUGAUUAUUCAUAUUCUGUUGCUUCAUUAGGUGUACAAAUAUUUACUGUACCUACUUUAGCUAACUAUUUAAUGGCCCAUCAUGAUGUUUUAUAUCAACUUUUAAAUACAUUUUUAUCAGAGUGUUCACAUAAAGUAAAUAAACAAGGCAAGUUGGAAUUUGAACGAAAUACAUCAACUUUGCCAUUCAAAAGAGCUCAACAUGUUCUUGGAGAUAUUCGUUAUCUCUUAGGUUGUGUACCUGAUGCAUGGAAUCCUGAAUUAAGACUAUCAUUUUGUCAUGCUGUUUCAUUGGUCCUUAAGAUACUUAAUUAUAUGCAAAAUAUGGAUACUGUUACCAGGCAAGUAGGUCAACAUAUGGAGUAUGAACCAGAAUGGGAAACAGCAUUCAACUUGCAUAUUAAAUUGAGACCAUUAAUAACCAAAAUCCUGUUAUGGUGUGGAUCAGAUAGUAUUGUUUUAAAAAAAGUAUACAGGAUGACUUUAAAAAAAAUUUAUGAAAAUCCAAUUUUAGAUCCUCAAAGACCAACUGUAGUUAGAGAAUUGAUUGACUAUAAAGUUUCUUGUAUUGAUUAUGACGUAUCAAGUGAACCUGUAUCUAUACAUCUUCCGUUAUCUAGAUUUCUUGCUGGACUACAUUUAUAUCUAGACCAUUAUGGCUUAAGUUUUGAACAUUCUGAGGUACAGACUGCAAAACAGUCUCCUGAACAGAUUAUUGAACCAGUUCUUCGGGCUCUUGUUUUAAUAUCACAAGUACAUGCUGGAAUGUGGAGACGCAAUGGAUAUUCACUAUUAAAUCAAAUUUAUUUGUAUCAUAAUUCUAAAUGUCGUGUGGAAAUGUUAGACAAGGAUAUUGUUAUACUUCAAAUGGGCGCAUCUUUAAUUGACAGUAAUGAAUUUUUAAUUCAUGUGUUAAACAAGUUUAAUUUAUUGAAGUGGGCUCAACCAAAUUAUGAACUGAACUUAUUAAAUGGAUCAGAAGAUGAAUCUAUACGCCAAACAAUUAGUUUAGUUGAAGAAUUUCUAGGUCUUAUAAUCACUAUAGUUGGUGAAAGAUAUACACCUGGUGUUGGAAAAGUGACCUUUAAUGAUUGUAUAAGAAAAGAAGUAAUUCAGCAGUUAUGCGUAGAACCUAUGCCUCAUUCAGAACUAAAUAAGACGCUCUUAAACCUUAUUGAAGAUGAGGAGUGUUUAGAAAGAGUUAUACAUGAUGUUGCGGACUUUAAAAAAACUAGAGGUAAAGGUGUUUAUGAAUUAAAGCCAAUUUUUUAUGAUGACUAUAAUGUAUUUUUUUAUCAUUAUUCACGAGAAGAAAUGUCUAAAUCUGAAGAAGAACAAAGAAAACGUAGAAAAGCAGCUGGUGAAUUAGAGUGCUGUCCUCCACCCCGUUUACCAUUAUUCAGUGAUGCUUUUGCAAAGAUUGCUAAUUUAUUGCAAUGUGAUAUAAUGUUUUACAUUAUGAGAUUGAUAUUAGAUAGAACCGUAAAUUUAAGAAGUAGAAGUUUUUCUGAAUCUCAGCUUCAUAAAGUUCUUCAUCUUAUUGGUUAUGCUCUUCAUGAAGAAGAAAAACAACAAAGUCCGUCAUUUACAUUUACGGAACGCUCUGAAUCUUAUGGUAUAGAAGUUGCAUUAGAAGGGCUUAAGCGUAGUGCUAGAGUAGAGGCUUAUAAAGACUUGGCAAUAUGGACACUAAACAAGUUUAAACAAGUAUCUGCUCCAAGAAGAAAAUGUGUACCAAUUGAAAUAAUAGAGAAAGAAGUUGAACAAAUGGAUGUUAUUAAAAAUGUAGAUGCAGAGUCUGAAAAACAAAAAAGAGCUAAAUUAGCUGCUGAAAGAAGAGCUACUGUUAUGGCUCAGAUGGCUCAAAUGCAGAAUAAUUUUAUGAAAGAUAAUGCUACAUUAUUCGAUAACACACCUACUUAUUCAGAAUCUACUAGUAUGGAUAUCCUAGAAAAUAUUGGUGAACUUUCUGUUGCUUUAGGUCCAUAUCAAACUACACCCAGUGUUUUCGACAAUAGAUAUACGUGCAUUUUGUGCCAGGAAGAACAACUGGUGACACAUGAUAGCCAAGCAAUGGUUUUAGCUACAUUUGUACAAAAAUCGUCCAUUCUUUGUCAAGUAAGAAAUAGUUCAGAAAAUGUUACUGAUAACUUUUCUGACCCGUACUAUAUACCAGCUAACUUUGGUCCCUCUCCUCAUAUUUCCACCUGUGGACAUGUUAUGCAUGUUGCCUGUUGGCAAAGACAUUUCGAUAUGAUUCUUGCCAAAGAAAAUAGAAGACCUUAUCGAUUAAGACAUUCAUUGAGUUUUGAUGUGCAUAAAAAUGAAUAUUUAUGUCCACUUUGUGAAGGACUUUGUAAUACUGUUAUGCCAUUGUUACCACCUAUUUCAAGUUUUACUGAGUCAGAGAACAUGAAAACUUUUGAAAAUUUAACAUUUGAAAAUUGGUUAGAAGGAUUAAAUAUGGCGCUAAAACAAAGUAAGGUUGUCAAACCAAAAACUCCUGAAGUAUCACAAUCACAACCAUCUGUUGUUCAACAAUCAGCAAGUCCAGAACCUGAACGGCGAAAUACUCGAAGUAAUUCUUCAUUACAGUUGCAGGCUGCUAAUAAUUUGGCUCAGGUAAUCGUUAUACGAGAUAAUAUUGAAAUACCCCAAGAAGAAGACGACGACGAGGAAGAAGUUUUACCACCAUCAAACCAAUUCUCCAUAGGAACUAAUGAUUUUAUUAUGCAAAUACUAAUGUUUGACAAAUCGUCCCCAAAAGCUGUACCUAAAGUAUCUGUAUAUAAAAACAGUGCUCUUUCAACCAGCUUAGUUGAUACAAUAUUGAAAUUUGCUCACAGUACUUAUUCAAAAGCUACUGGUUUUAACAAUCCACAUCCAGAUAAUAACCAAAUCCCAUUAAUGACUUGGAAAGCAUGUGCAUACACAAUACAUUCAAAUGAAGUAAUUCUUCGCUAUAAAAACAAACCAUUACUUGGUGAGUUAUCUUCUCGACAAAAAGAUUGUUUAGAAGCAUUGGUUCGGGUUUCAGGUAUUCUCAGUUCAACUUGGAAAAAAGAACACGAAAUCAAUUUACACGCACUUCGCCUUUUAUCCUUGGCAAUAGAUAAUGGUGGAAAUAACUCAAUCGGAAUACUCGAUUGGGAUGCUUUUGGAAUGUUAGUUUCAUUGACAAUGACUCUUCCGAGCUUGUAUUAUACUGAAGUGCCCGGGCCAGCACCUAGAGGAACUAUGCUAGAUUUCCAUACUCUACUUUUAAUGUUCAUUUCAAAUUUAGUACAAAUUAUAUUAACCAUUGAUAUCCAAGAAGAUUCUGAGGAAAUGCUUGAAAUGGACCCAGAAGAAGCAGAAGACACAUUUUGUUUAACUAAUUUGGUUUACAAACUUCGUGGCAUUAGUAUUAAAAACACUAUAGCUGUUUGGAAUUCAAUAGAAAGUUGUUCCAUACCAUUUUUGAGGUGUUGUUCUCUAUUUUAUCAUUUCCUUACGGGUGUUCCAGCAUCAGGUGUCUUAACAGAAGUGAAUGGAGAUACAUACCAUAAUAUGUGUUGUUAUUUGGGAUUGCCUACUACAUGUAAAGAAAUAUUAGACAAACCAUAUGUUGAGGCGUUGAUAAAUAAAUGGUCUGAAAAUGAUAAGUUAAUCAAAAUCAAACAAGGUGAAAAAAUACCAUUUAAAGAUUGGUUGCAUAUCAAUGAAUUAGUACAGCUACCAGAUGAUUAUAGUGAAUUAAUCAACACUGUAUCAAUGUUUACCUGUCCAAAUAGCGAUCACGAAGAUUCGAGAAAUCCAACUAUGUGUUUGGUGUGUGGAACAAUGCUAUGUUCUCAAAGUUACUGUUGUCAAACUGAAGUCAAACGUGUUACUGUGGGAGCAUGUUCUGGUCAUGCUUAUACAUGUGGCUGUGGAGUUGGAAUUUUCUUACGUGUACGUGAGUGUGAAGUUUUAUUGUUAGCCACUUUAAAUAAAGGAAGUUUUAUAAUGCCACCAUAUUUGGACGAGUACGGUGAAACUGAUCAAGGUCUAAAACGUGGAAAUCCAUUAUACCUAUGUAAAGAACAAUAUCGCAAAUUACAAAUACUUUGGCUGAGCCAUGGACUACAUGAAGAUAUAUCUAGGUAUUUAGAUUCAACACAAAAUCUAAUACCGAUUACUUGGCAACACAUGUAAAUGGAUGUAUGAUUUUUUACCCUUGCCUGUCUGAUAGAGACUAUGUUAAUAUAUUCUAUCAUAAAUAAUUGAUGUUUAAAUUUGUUUUCUUCUAACACUACAAGUGAUAGGACUGUGUAUGAAUAUAAUAAGAUACGUAACAUUAUAUGCAUAUACUAUAAGUCAUAAUAAUUAUAUUGUACCUAUUGCAAAUACUAUACAUAUAUCUAUAAUAUUAUAUUGAUAUUUAAAAAUGUAUGAAUGUUAUUUGCAUUUCAAGUUAAGAGAUUAAAUUAUAAAAAAAAACUACACUUAUUAUAUUUUAAUCCCAUUAUUUUUAAGUUGCUGUAGUGUUGCUCUAUAGAUUAUAAUGGUUGCCUCAGUGGUAAUCAGUAAUUAGUUGAUUUAUAUUUAGGUUGUUUGUUUGAUUCAAAAAUAACACAAACCAAUAGUUUUUAAUGUUUUAUAAUUUAGCUUAACAUUUAAUAGAUUAAUUAUUUUAACUAACUAUCUUGAAUUUUCUGUACAAAAUAUAUUUUUAAAUAUUAAUAAAACAAAUUAACUUAUGACUUUGUGUUAUACACACUCUAUAAAUUCAAUACUUACCAAAUUGUAUUCUGGCGUUCCUAAUUUGUAUUUUUAAUUAUGUUUUAUGCAAUAGCAAAAUUAGGCUAAUAUAUAAAAUUGCUUAUAUAUACUCCAAUCACGUUAAGAGGGAACUUGUGACCAGUCACCUAGGGUGGAGGUCAGACGACAUUUGUUUGUCCUCCCAACUGAUAACCAUCUGUAUGCCUGCUGUGAAGUAGAACUAUGCCCCUGUAAUUAGUUCAGCCGCCGAGAUUCCUUCUAAAUGUGAAUGGAGUAUAAUUAUAUUUUCUGUGUUUAUUAUUGUUGAGUUAAAUUGAAUACUUAUGUGUAACAUACCAAUUUUUGAUGUUAGUUGAUUGUAUCAUUAAAAACUAUUUGUUAUAAUUAUAAAAUAUUUUAAUAGGCUAUAAAUAAUAUUUUAUCCUAUCUAUAUUGUAAAACAAUUAAUGUCAAUGUAAUUAUUAAAAACUUAUAAUUUAUAAGUAAUUGUGUAUUUACAAUUUAUAAGUGAUAGCUUGUAUAUUGGUACGUUAUUAACAAUUCAAUAUUUUUAGAACGUUAUAUUUGAUUAAAAAAUUGAUAAAUAUUUUAAAAGAUUUUAAUUAUUUCAUAUGGAUUGUAAAAAUUCUCAAAAAUGUCUCGUAACAUAGUUUUACUACAAUAAAAAUGCAUAGUUAAAAA